AUGGCACAACCACCUGGAAAUAAAGAGCAAGGAAUCACUAUAAAACGAAAGCAUUUCCACGAAUCCACUAAAUCCCUUUUUAUGGAUAGCAACACGGCCGAUUUUUGGUUUAAAUUCAGCUCAGAUGUCCAUCCAAUUCGCAUUCCAGUGCAUAAAGCAAUGUUAGCCAAAGAAAGCGAAGUAUUUCGUGCAAUGUUCUUUGGUGAAAUGAAAGAACAACUCGACGAAGUUGAAAUUAUUGAUGCGAAUGAUGAUGAAUUCAUCGAAUUCGCUCAAUUUUUCUACUCAGACAGAAUUUCCAUCACCAUAAAUAAUCUGCCAAAACUGAUGUAUCUGGCCAAAAAGUAUUUGGUCAACGAUCUACUCAAAGUGUGCGACGAUUUUAUUAUCAGACAUUUGCCACUGGAAAAACUCAUUUUGGGAUGUGAUUUGGCGGAUCUCUACAAUCGAUUUGAAUUAAAAGCGAAGUUAGAGAUUAAAAUCAGUGAAAAUGCGAAAAAGUUUUUCGCUACCGACGGAUUUCGUGAAUGUUCUCACGAAACACUGGAAAGUAUUUUGGAUAUUGACCAAUUGAUGUGUGAUCCGAAAGAUGUUUUCGAUGCUUGCAUCGAUUGGGCCAAAAACGCACGCGAAAACUUCGAAGCCUACUUGUCGGAUAUGGAAAACAUCAAAAAGCAGCUGGGGGAAUGUUUGUACCGCAUUCCAUUCUAUUUGAUGAGUUCAGAACAAAUCACUCAGAUCGUUAAUGAUUAUGAAGAACUAUUCGAUCGUGGGUCAUUCAAAAAACCAGAGAUUCACGACCGAACAUCAAAUGGCCUAAUUAGAGACUUACGAUCGAACAUCAAAUGGCCUAACUAG